AUGACGUCUCAAAUGAAUUCCCCAUAUAGUCUACCUUCUCAUAGUGCUUCAAAACUGUCUAGUCGACUACCGCCCGAUUCCGUGGCAUCAAGCUCAACAAAUCUUCAAUCACAUUUCUCAAAUCCCAACGAUUUUAUAACUUAUAUCAUUCCUGAUUUUAAUGCAGUCAAGUAUUUUCAAAAGGAGUUUAUAGCUUCGAAUGAGUUUCAUUUGAUACAAGAAUCCGAAGUCACCGGUUUUGAAAUAUAUUUAGUUGAACAAUGGGUUAAUGAUCGUAACAUUAGUUCUAUCGUCACUGCCUUUACAGGGAAUGAAGCCUCCAAAAUAUCUGUUGUUAGAUUGACAAUAAUUAAGAAACCUGCUAAAUAUUACCCUGUCAGAUUCCAAGAAUAUUUAAAUGAAUUGAUUCAGAACCAUUCAAGAAUGAAAAAAAUGGAAAAGGAUAGACCAAAAAAUUUACAUAGUCGAACAAACAGUGCUGGUGAAAUGUUGACUUUGUCAAAAUUAUCUACAACCCAAUCUUCUCCAGCUCCUCCACCUUCACCAAAGAGAGAAAAUAGCACCGCGGAUUAUACCAAUGAAGUUUGUUUUGUUACGAAUUUGACAUCCUUACCUUCCGCAUUAAAUCUUAUUCCUAUUCCUAGUGGUGAUGUACGUAAAGUUGAAACCCCUUUUAUGGUUAAUUCAAAUUUGAAGAAAUUACAAUGUACAGGGCGUUCUAUUUCAAUGACAACGAGCAAAAUUUCCGAUGCUUCAGAAGAUAAAUUCCGUCAAAUGUAUAAAAUUUAUAAUACAAAAGUACCAAUCCUGUUUGCUGCUAAAGAGUUGGUGAAUAUUGUUCAAACUUGUUUAUUUUAUUUUGAUUUACUAGAUGCAAGAUACUGUGAUGGUUUAUUGUGUGCCAAAACAGAAGAAGCUAUUAUGAAUUGGUGGAAUUUAAUUGGAUUACCCCAUUUCAAUGUAAAACCAAAUCCGGUUAAUGGUAUCUUACCAGCAAGAACAGUGGCUGCUGUGGUUAGUUUAAUUCUUAGUGUUCGAAUGAGAAUGGUAUUAGUUGGUGGAUCCGAUGUUCCUAAAGACCCAUUUGAUUUUGAAAAUUUUAUGCUUGCAAUUGGACAAUUUCAAAGACAAUUUAAGCUAGAUAAGACUAGAAAAUUGGACAUGGAAACUUUGAACAAGAUGUUUACUGUUACCAAUGCAAGAUUAUUACCAGAGAAAAAUAGUAAUUAUUUCUAUUCAACAGCUUAUAACAGUUCUGCAGAUUUCGAUCCUCAUGAUUAUGAAGUUGCACCUGCUAUUUCGGGAAACUCAAAAGGAUUGACAAGUAAUUCAUCUAAUACCACCCAAAAGAGAAGAUAUGGGAAAGAGUUAAAGAAACUUACCAACGUAAUGAAAUCAUCAGUGCUGCCGAGCACUAAAGAUAUCGAUGAUAAUAAUAUUGCUGCACCAAAGGCAACUUCUGGUAGAAUCAGAAACAAAAUUGCAAAAUUUGCUGAUAUGGCAACUCCAUUAGAUGUUGAAACUUUAGAUUUGGAAUGUUUGGUAAAGACUCAUUUAGCAGGAAAAACGUUGAUUCGUUUAUUCUAUGGAGUGCAAAACAAUCACGUGUUUACCUAUUCAGACAGGUCAACAAUCGAUAACAACCACUCUCAGAAUCAGAAUCAAACUCCGAACCUGGUCCAGAAUCAAACCGAAAAGCAUCGCCAUACUCACGGUUCAAGUCAUCUUCAUUUCCAAAAACGUCGUGGUCGUGGUGUGGGUGACGAUUCCAAUGCUAGUCAAUAUGGGUUUGAAAGUUUAAGAGAUAGGAUUGCACAAACUCAGGAGUUAUUGGUUAAUAAUGAUCCAUCAAAAUAUUCACGUGGAUUUAGUAAGAUGAAACUUGGCUUACAAAGUAGAAAGAAUAUAACAAAUACUUCAAAACAAGAUACAACAUUACUAGUUCCUGGUGAUAAUGGUGAUGCUAAAGAAGUGCGUCCGACUUCAAUGGUUGAUUCUUUCUUGCAAAUUCAUAGUGAUAACGCGUCUUUCACAGAAAGCGUUUCUUCAAACACGGCAUCUAUUCCUCCUAAAUGUUCAGUUACUGAUAAUGAUUUUAGUCAUCCUAUUUCGAAGUUUAAAUAUAACUUGAAUAGAAGAAACUCAUACCCGUAUUUGAUCAACAAACACGAGGAGAAUUUGAACACUUUGCUGAUUUCAAAGAAUGAAGUUAGAUACAAUGAGGAUCAAGUUAAUAUUUGCCGUUUGAGACGAAGCAUCAGUUUCUCUGAUGUGGAGGAAGCUGUAUUGUCAAGACAUAUUGUAAAACCUGGAUCCAUGACUAAAUUUUCUCAGUCGUACCUUGAAAGUAUCAACACGUUAAUGAGAUAUGAGAAUUUAAGAACCUGCUAUAUUGAUAGUGAAGCAAAGACGGUACCUCAUAUUAAUAAUGCCACUGUUGAUAAAUCAUACCAAUUAAUGAAUUUAGAAUUGAUCAAGUUGAAGAAUAUUAGACACCAGAUGCAUGCUAAUAAAGGCAGAGAAGAAGGUAUGCAUGAAGAAUUGGACUACAAUAUGAAGUUGUUAAACACCACUAUUGAUCGAUUGCUUUAUGAAACAAGAAUAGUUUCAAAGAGAAUAAAUGAAUUAGAUGAGAAUUUCAAAUUGUACGAGUUGAAACUUCAUGAAGAUUGCAACAAACGAAUGGUUGGGAUCAUUGAUCGAGUGCUUCGUCUGAAGCAGUUCAAAGAAGUCUAUACUAAUGCAGAAGAAAGAAAGAGUAUUGCCGUUAAGUUGACUGGGAAUGAGCAUUAUUUUGAUACUAUCGAAGAGGAGAAACCUAUCAGUUUUCUUCGAUGUGUGGCGAUAUUUGUUUAUGAACUUAUCAUUUGUUUGUUCCAAUUAUUCCAUUUCAAUAGAGAGAAUAUGAACUUGGAGAGAAUUAGGGAAAGUUGGAAAAAAUUAGAUCCCAAUAGAUCCAUCAUCAAGGGAGCUUAUUCGUAUAUUGGUCGUGAACCUUCUCAAGAAAGUAUUGCUUCUCCUGUUGAUCCUAAAUAG